UAACUCGUCACAACCACCUGAAGGACUUCAUGCUGGUGGUGUCCAUCGUCAUCGGAGUGGGUGGCUGCUGGUUCGCCUACAUCCAGAAUCGCUAUUCAAAGGAGCACAUGAAGAAGAUGAUGAAAGACCUCGAGGGACUCCACAGAGCUGAACAGUCUCUCCAUGACCUUCAAGAAAGGCUGCAGAAGGCUCAGGAGGAACAUCGCUCUGUGGAGGUGGAAAAGGUGCACCUGGAGAAGAAACUGCAGGAUGAGAUCAGCAUCGCCAAGCAGGAGGCACACCGCCUCCGAGAACUGCGGGAGGGCACGGAGAAUGAACUGAGCAGGCAGAAAUACGCUGAGCAAGAACUGGAGCAGGUGCGGAUGGCACUCAAGAACGCCGAGAAGGAGCUGGAGUCCCACUGCAGCUGGGCUGCGCCCGAGGCCCUGCAGAAGUGGCUCCAGCUGACCCACGAGGUGGAGGUCCAGUACUACAACAUCAAGAAACAGAAUGCGGAGAAGCAGCUGCUGGUGGCCAAGGAAGGGGCUGAAAAAAUCAAAAAGAAGCGAAACACCCUGUUUGGAACAUUUCAUGUUGCUCACAGCUCAUCUCUAGAUGAUGUUGAUCAUAAAAUCUUAACUGCAAAGCAAGCGCUGAGCGAAGUGACAGCUGCGCUGCGGGAGCGCCUGCAUCGCUGGCAGCAGAUAGAGCUGCUCUGCGGCUUCCAGAUCGUCAACAACCCGGGCAUCCACACCCUGGCAUCAGCCCUUAACAUCGACCCCAGCUGGAUGGGCACCCCGCGGCCUAACCCCUCGCACUUCAUCAUGACUGAUGACGUGGACGAUUUGGACGAAGAGAUCGUGUCUCCCAUGUCCAUGCAAUCUCCUGCCUUGCCCAGCACAGUUCGCCAGCGCCUGGUGGACCCACAGCACGCCCACGGAUCUCAGAGAGACUUAACUCGCUGCGACUCCGACUCCUCCAUCCCGCACCUGAGCGACCACCAGCGUAUCCCCAGCUCUGCGCCCAAGCUGCUGGCUGCCCGGCCCAACCUGCUGACCAGGUCCAUCGAGGAGGCUGCUCCCGGCCACCCUGCCAUCGGCGCGCCCACCCCCAACGGCGGCAGCAGGCACGCGGAGGCCUCCGUCCUGGGGGCUUUGCCGGAGCGCCUGCCCGAGAGCCCCAUGGUGAUGAAGAAGAUGAUGAUGGUGAACCACGGCAUGGAGAAGUCCUCCAGCCUGGGGGAGAUCAGCCACCCGACAGCCGGCAAGCACAGCCACUCGGAUUCCUCCCGCUCCCACAGCCCCAGCUCCACCGACCCCGACACCCCCUCCCCCAUCUCUGACUGCCGGCCCAGCGGCACCAAGAGCACCCGCAUCCCGCAGCUGGCUGCCAAGAAGAGCCCGGGGGACGAGGACAGCAGCUUGACAGGCGAUGAGGUUGACCUCGGCCAGAGCAAGAAAAAGUUCCCCCUAAAGAUCUUCAAGAAGCCCAAGAAGUAG